AUGGAACAAUUGAGAGUAUUAGAAUUUUAUAGUGGAAUUGGUGGUAUGCACUAUGGUUUACAGGAAUCAGGAGUUGAUUUUCAAGUGAUUCAAUCAUUUGAUAUUAAUACAAAUGCAAAUUUAAAUUAUAAAUAUACAUUCAAUGAAGACUCAAGUCAAAAAAGUAUAGAAUCAUAUAGUGUUGAAGAGUUAGAAGGAUUUAAAGCGAAUGCAUGGUUAAUGAGUCCACCAUGUCAACCAUUUACAAGAUUAGGAUUACAAAAAGAUGAUCAAGAUAAUAGAACCAAUAGUUUUUUUCAUUUAUUGGAUGUUUUAACCAAAAUAAAAGAUCCACCAACAUAUAUUCUAAUUGAAAAUGUUUUUGGAUUUGCAAAGAAAGGUUCAUCGAAUACUCGUGAUCACCUUUUAGAUACAUUAAUUAAAAUGAAUUAUAGUUUUCAAGAAUUUCAUUUAUCACCACAACAAUUUGGUUUAGCAAAUCAAAGAUUAAGAUACUUUUGUAUUGCAAAAAGAAAUGGUAAAUUAAAUUUUAAAAAAGAACAAGACAAACAUAAUGAAAAGGUUGAUGAAAAUAAAUUAAAUAAUAAUAGUAAUAAUAAUAAUGAACAAAAUAAAUAUGAUAAUUUAAAAAUUUUAGAUCAUAUUCCAGGUUAUGAUUUUCAUACAACAUUAGAAGAGUGUGAUGAAAUUUCAAAUUAUUUCGAUAAAGAUUUAACAGAUGAUGAAUUAUAUGAAAAAUAUAAAGUACCUCAUAAUUUAUUACUUUCAAAGGGAAUGUUAUUUGAUAUAAAACAAAAAGAUAGUAAAACUAGUAAUUGUGUAACAAAGAGUUAUGGAAAAUUUAUUGAAGGUACAGGUAGUAUAAUUCAAAUGGAUAAUAAUUUCAAAGCAGAUAUAAAUGAUAAUAAAUCAUUAAUACCAUUAAAAUUAAGAUACUUUUCACCAAAAGAGAUUACAAGAUUACAUGGUUUCCCUGAAGAAUUUAAAUUUUCACCAAAAUUAACAACUAUACAAUGUUAUAGAUUAAUUGGUAAUAGUUUAAAUGUUAAAAUUGUUUCUGAAUUAUUAAAAGUUUUAGUUUCACCAAAUGAAGAAGAAGAACAACAAGAACAACAAAAGGAAAAAGAAGGAAAAAAAUAA